CCCGCCCAGAAAAAGAAACGUCGAGGCGGGCUGCUUCGGUUACGGCUGAACUUUGUUUUAUUUUUUUGGCUUGUUAUAAAGAGGUGCGUAUACAAAUUCUAGGCAUUUUCUGUCCACGUCCCGCAAACGGUUAGCGAUAACCUGUCUGUUCGUGCAAUUCUUUGCAUAUUGUCCGUAAUUUUUGUCUCCGUCCUUGGAAGUGAAGUCUGAGACACAAAUUUUCGGACAUUUUCCGAAGCAGUUUGCUGCUCUGUGGUCUUUAGAUAGACGACAGUGGAAAGCUAAUGGAGAUAGUUAGAUGAACACGUUUAUGCCCCAUGUGAUGAACCCUUGUGUUGCUGAGUCACAGACAUGGACAGCUUCCGAAAUCUGGAGGAUGAGACAUUUCCCAGCUUCAACAUGUCUUUAGGCAGCAAUGGCCGAGCCACACUGGGUGAUGUUACGCUGGGCUCCACUCUCGGUGUGCCUAUGGCUGCUUCUACUGUAGCUAAAAGUAGAGCUACAGCAGACAACAGGUUAACUGAUGUCCAAGCCUCUUACUUGGAGCCUGGGCUGCUUUCUCUAGCAGGGUCGCAAGGCUCAAGUUGUGGAAGGGAAAUGUUUGCUCUCAGCUUCAAAGAUGAUUUGGACAAUGCAGAAGACUUCAUAGCUGCUAAUCGUUUUUCUGGCCUAUUAGUGAAAGUUAAUUUGGACGAGUCAGAAUGCGUGUCCAUGACUAAAGCCUCAGCUACAGUGGAAGCAGGGGCUCCAUCUGCAUCAGGCCGGCCCUCUGAUUACCCUGAUGAUAUUUCUACUGGCCUGUUGACAGUUUCUCAUAUUGGAGUUAAACAAGCCACUGCUGGUCAGGCUGUGUUAGCUCCAGUACCCAUAGAAGAGGUUCCAGAGAAUGAGGCAGUGGAGAGUGAUGGGAUGAGUGUCACAAGCUUCCUGGCUAAUGAGAAGCUCAUGUUGCUCGAUAGCAUGAACAGUGACAUUACAGAUGAUGAUGAUGAUCUUGAUAUAGACAACCUGCAGGAUGAUGAAUUGCAACUGUAUUUCAAAAAGCUAAUCCCUCCAGCCAUGCAGAGAGGUCGAGUGGAGGGCCAAGAGAUCCCAGCUGCUGAAUUACCUGACAAUAAAGCAUCAUCUCAACCGCUUGUUACUGAGCCAGACAUGUCAACCAAAAACCGAUGCAAUUUUCUAAAUGACUAUGAUAAGGGGGAUUUUUGCAUGCCUGAUGUGCGGCUAGCUGCAACAGGUAUGGACUCCUGUCCUGCUAGUGAUGAAGACACAGAAGAUGAACUGGAAGCCUCACAGAACCGUAGCAGAGCCCGAUUCCUGUUGCCUAGCACCUCCAGACAGCUGGUUGGGGAAAGCCAUCAGCUUCAUUUUAGGCCAGGCCUGGAAGGUGGAAGCUCAGAUGAUGAGUCUCAGCCAGGUGCACAAUUUGCGAACUCCAUGACCGGCAUUGAACAUCGGUGCUCUGCUGAGGGACAAGUGAUUGAUUUGCCAAUAACAGGAGAUGGUGGAGGGGGUGAUGGGAGCAGUGGCAGUGAGGAGGAUGGAAAUGAUGGAGGUGUAUCUACAAUGCCCCCACCCACUAGUGUCCAGACCACAUACGAUGUGUUAAGGGGACUGGGAAUUGUGGGAGGAACAGGCGAGGAUGAACUACUACAGCUCCCUGGAUUAGGCCAAUUUGUCUCAAAUGUGCAUAGCCAGAUGGGAGACCGUGAGGGUCCAGUUGGGACAGUUGAAACUGAGUCGUCAGUUCGAGGUUCUGGACUGACCAAGAUUCAGUUGAUAAACCAGUGUAUAAAUCCUGAUAGGCAAGAGGCUCUGAAUGCCAUGGAUAGUUCAGGCCCAGGUACUCUAUCUCUGGAAGAACGCUUUGACUCUGUGUACCUUAGGCCUGGUGGUGUCCAUGACUUACGGGACUCAACUUCACGUGCUUCUGUCCUUCAAGGCACUCGGAAUGCUUUUGACUUCUCUUUUAACAAAAACCCUCUUGAAGAGAGCAAAGCGGGAGUUGGCCAAGGGAAUACCAUCAACUUUAAUGAUCUGGGUCUUUGUGGAGGCCCUUUUAGGAACUCUAUCAGUUUUGCCCAACACCCAAACAGCAGUGAGGAACCUUUAGGAGAAUCACUCGAUGUCAAGUACCUAUCAAACCAUCAGAAUGACGCUGAGCAGAAUAAUAUUUGGAAUGAAGGAUCAUGUCCUGACGAUUUGAAACUGGAGUUCCAGCAAGGUGCUAAUGCUGCUCAUAGUGUUGUGUACCAGAAUGAGGAUGGAAAAUGGGUGACUGAUCUAGCCUACUACUCCUCUUUUGAAAAGGAGACACACAUUCCUGAUGAACUUGCAAGCCAGUUGCAGUCUGAGGAAUUUGUUGGUGGUGGUCAGGCUAUGGAAAAGAUAAUUGAGGAUCAAGAGGAGUUUGAGAAAGAACACCAGUUCAUGCAGGAGGAACAGAUUGAAGCGGUCAGUAGAAGCGUGCUUCUUGGUGACACCUCUUGGAAACUUCCCCAUAGUAGUCACGUUCUGAUGAGAGCCUCCCAAGCCUCAACUGAUUUUGAGAAGGGGAACCAAAGUUAUUUGCGUAUUUCCCUGGGGGAAUUUUUUCAGCAGAGAUCUGAGGCUUUGGGUUGUUUAGGUGGCAGUGAAGAAGACAUUAAAAGGCCUUCAUUUGGUUAUAUUAUCAACUCUCCAGAGAAGAGGGAGCCCUUUGCUUUGAUCAGGCCCUCUGAUUUCUCUUCAAGAGGAAGCUCGGUUCAGAGUGAAACAGUCCAGCUCAGUGAUGCAGAUCAGACAUUGAAUCCAGAGGAUUUGGAGAAGACUCUUGAACCUACACCAGCUGAGCAAUACCAACGUCUUUCACCGGCAAAAGAUGUCCAAAUUUCACCUGUCCUAUUAUUGGAUCAUAAGGAGAAUACCAGUCAAAAUUCUGAAUCAAACUCCAGUGGAAGUUUAACACUUAGUAUCAGCACAAUUGCUUCAGCUAUUGCAGAUGCCUCAAUUAGCUCAGACCCUGCCCAGCUUGCAGCAAUGAUCAUGGAGUUAUCCAAAAACAGGCACUCCAAAAGCAGGAGAGUGGGUGGGCUGCUUCAGACUCCUGACCAUGCAAAACUGCCUGAAGAGGAUGACCUUCAGAAAACCUUAUCCCUGGGUGAGCUGAGUGCUCUUGACAUGGAGAAAUACCUGAAGAAGGCAGAAGUGUCUAGCAGUGAUAGUGAUGCUUCCAGCUCCCAGUCCUGUCUUGACAUUCUUAGCUUGGCAGACAGUCUUGCUAACUCGGACUGGCAUACACAAAAACAGACUCCUCCUUUACCAAAUAACAUGAGUCUACAUGCAGAAGAGCAUUCAACUCCGACAGAUCUUGUAAAGAAAGGUCCGGUCUUACCGAAUAACACAUCUAAACCAUCUGCAGAAGAUGUGUCUGAAGUUAAAAGGUCUGAUGCCAAAAGAAGUUCUAUUCCGCGACUCAAGACUGCUUGCAUUCCAACUGCCACAGCUCACCCAGCCAGGAGAUCAGCAGGUGCAGGACAGUCAUUGACAUCAACACUAAAUCCUAAGCCUGUGCAAGGCAAAACAGUAAAAAGCAAAAGUGACUGCCACAUACCAACACCUGCAGGAAACAACAUGACUUGCUCAGAGUCAAGGGUCAGAAUGAGCACAGGGCGACCGCAGGCAACCUCCUUAAAAAGUAAUGACUCAAUAUCAGACUCAAUUGCUGACCCAAAAAACUCUGGCAGGCAAACUGGGGAAUGUUCAGAGUUGCCUUCCCUAAGGAGCUCACCACAUACACCUCGACCUAAAAGCUAUAUGAGGCAGAGGGAGACAUCUUGCUCAGAACAAGCAAAAUCACCUGGGAGUCCCCGAGCUACACAGUUUAUUGCAAAAGAUGGACAGAACACCUUUUCAACCACUGAUGCACAUUUUGCCUCACCUGAACCUCAUGUUUCUGUGGAGCCUAGUCAUUGUACCUUUAGGCCAUCCACCUCGCCACUUACUCAUUCAAGCCCAAGCCAGACGUCUCUGCCAAGUGGAUAUGGAGACCUUUCUCGUUCUCCUAGUAGUGGUAUGUGUGAGAGAAGUCCAGGAACUGACCCGCUGUCACCCCAAUCUCACUGUUCUAGUCCAUCCAUGAGUAGACUUACCUACCUGUCUAUUAAUGAGAACACUACACUCCCUACACCUAAUCAUCAUCAGAGAGAUAGAUCCAUGUCUCUGAGUACCACCAUCGUCAGGGCAAGUCCCACCCCACCAGUUGAACCUGUUGAUGCAAAUAAACAUAUUCUUCAGGCCCAUAAUGGAGGCCUGAGUUCGCAAACAACUUCUCAUGCUGAAACCCCUGGCUCAAAUCAACAGAUGUCAGAACAUGGCUCUCGCAUCCAAAAUGAGUGCAGUACCCACAAUGACUACAGGCAUGUGUAUGGGCCUGUAAAUCACCAGUCGAUGUCUCACCCAAGUCUGUAUGCUCAAGCUGACUCUGGUUAUUCCAGCAACCUCAACAUUAACAAUCAGCCUGGGGGACCAAUGGAUCCCAAUACAAAACAAAUCACCAACAUUCCUGGAGCAGGAAGUGAGGCUUUCCAUGGCUCACAGUAUGGUCUUCCCCCUACCAAUUACAAAUCAGAACCCUUGAGGUAUGGGCUGGCCCCAGACUACCAGGGUGCUUUGACAGACCUAAAUUGUGGUGUACCAAACCUAACUGCUCGGUCACUCUUUAGUACUCAGGUUCCACAACAGUACAUGAGCACAGAAGGCUCGUUGCAGACUUCAUCCUACCAUAUAGGACCCAUAGCUGGAUCAUAUGGUGUGCCAGCAGUAAUAGCUGGUGCUAAUCCACAAAUUGCACAUGCACAUGUUCCUGGAUCAAAAGGCUUACCUUCUGUCUAUAUGACUGCUGGUCAACAUCUUCAUCAAUACCCCCUCAGCAAACCUUAUGGACAGCCCAUUGUGGGAGCAUGGUCUGCACGAGAUUUGGCUGAUCUCAGAACCCAAGUGGUUGUCCCAGAUGAACUGAAGUUUCCUGGUGCAUGUUGUGUGGGCAUUGCCUGCCAGACGACACUCAGCAUCUUUAACCCCUCAGAACGUUGGCAACAAGUGGCCAUAAAUAUAGUAAAUUUGUCAAUCGAUGGAGUGAAGGUGGAUUCACUGCCUUACCAAUGGCUAAUUGUGAAGAAUAAGACCAUCAUUGGCCCUAAAAGCACAGAGGAACAGAAGGUGCUGUUGAUUGCUCCAAAAGCUGGCCUGUACCAGUGUACUCUCAGUGUGUCUUCCUGGCCUGCUUCUGCUGAGAGUGAGACGGUGGCACAAGCGGAGGCCUUUGCCAAGAAAGUAGUACUCAUUGCAGUGGCUGAGAACCCAGCAAUAGAAGUGGAUGUUGGCAAGACGGGCUGUCUGGACUUUGGAGACUUGGCAGGGGGCAGUGUUAAGUCCCUGCCACUUAAAAUGGUGAACCGGACACGUGCAACUGUACCCAUUCGUCUAGUUAUAAAUGCGAAUGUCUCAGCCUGGCAUUGCUUCAGCUUCUCUAAGAGUCCCAUCGCUAUGACAGCAGAUGGCUCUCACCAUUCUGGUGGGAAUUUGACCUCCAUUUCGGUUGUAAACCAUGUGAUGCAUUCUAGCUUUGGAGAUGAUCCAGACAGCUUUAUGGUGUGGGUUCACUUUAAUGCACCUCAGAGAUUCAGUGCCAAAUUAGGGGAAUUAGGCCCACCAGAUGAAUUCAGUGCUCGUGUAGAUAUCGAGGUGGACAACCCUGGCCCCAGUCGUGUGAUCCAAAGUGUUGCUCUUAGAGCGAGGUCUGGGACAGCCAGAGUUCAUGCUCCCAAGGAUCUACAAACUGUUUGUCUUCAGACUCCAUGGGGAAAGUCAGCCAGCCAGACAUUACCAUUAAAGAAUGCAGGCAACAUCGAUGUCCAACUUAGACUGAAGAGUAAUGAUAGUGAUAACUGUUUUACGGUGAAGCCUGAAGAGCUUCUCCUGCGAACUGGAGAAGAACAGGAAGUUGUUGUUACUUUCACUGCCCAGAGCAACAGAAAACAUAAAGAGUGUUUGCUGACGAUCCUUGUACUGCCGAGUGGACCACAGUAUGAGGUUGUCCUGAAAGGAGAGGUGGUCCAGGGGAAUUCUGGGAAUGUGAAAUCUGCUCAAGUCUUAGUGCCCCAUGGUGCAGUUCCACCAAUCCUCUCGAACAAGCAGUUCAUGGCCUGGGGAGGAGUUACUCUAGGCAGAGCUGUGCAGCAGAAGCUGGUACUGAGAAACAACUCACCCACUACGUCACAGCAGCUACGCCUACUCAUCAGAGGUCAGGACCAGGACUGCUUUCAGUUGCAGAGUUCGUUUGGUCCUGAUGAGAGGUUGACUCGUAGCAGAGAAAUAUUAAUUAAACCUAAAGAGGAUAUGGCAGUUCACCUUCUUUUUGCUCCCACACGUGUUGCUUCCAUGCUGGCCAAGCUUGAGAUUAAACAGUCUGCUGUGCGUCCCUCUCAGCCUGGAGUCAAAUUCACUAUCCCUCUGUCUGGUUAUGGAGGCACAAGUAAUGUAAUUUUGGAGGAGUUAAGGAAGCGUUCUGAUGGUUAUGUGGCCACAUUGAGCGGCAUUCAGACUGGCAGAGUCAGCAAACUUUGUGUGUGCGUACGGAACACAGGCUCCAGAUCUGCAUUUGUUCGAGCUGUGCCAUACAGUGACCUGGAGAAGCGCACAAUCAUGGACUCUACAGUUCUCAGCCUGUCGCCGUCACAGUUUAUACUGAAAGAAAGGUCUCAAGAAGUGAUUACAGUGGUGAUGAAAGCAUCAUCUAGGGAGCAGGCUCUCUGCCAGUCACACACCGCUCUCCUUGCCACCAUUUGCCUCUUUUGUGGAGAUGAGUUCUCUCGCCAGCAAUUCAGGAAGCUAUUACGCAUCAAGCCUGAUAUAAGCAAAAAAGUAUUGUCUGAAAACAGCUUACUAAAGGGCAUCUCCUUUGAUGAGCCUUUCCUUGGUGAGGAAUUGGUUCAGGAAGCCUAUGACCUCCCGCAGAGGCCGAAUGAGGCUCAAAUAUUCUAUGGGAACAUGAGUAAGGUUAUCCUGUCGCUACUUGGUACAGUGGAAGCUUCUGAUUCAGGAGAAAGUGAACAUAUUGAGUUUGUCAGGGCAUCACAGCAUCAUGCCACAGACUCAGACAGUGGUCUGGGGACUUCAGAGCGUCACUUCAGUAAUGUUUCCCUGGACGUUCUACCAGUAAAAGGGCCAUCUCUGUGCGUAUCAGAACCUAUGCUGAAACGGGCCGAGUCUUCUGUGGAUUACACCUGGAGUGUCCAACCUGAACUCCUGGUUCUCACUGCACCCACCAUCAAUGGUGCAGCUGAUACUAAGCAUGUGCAGAUCCUGAACCGUUCAGGUCAUAAACAGAGAUUUGAGCUCUCCUGGCCUGCUCACUGCCUGACCAUCACCCCUCAACAUGGCAUCAUUGAGCCCCAGAGCCACCUGCAAAUUCUAAUCAGUCCAAACCCCUCACUGGCUACCAAAUCUUCUAUGCUUCCAUGGAGUGGCCAAAUAUAUGUCCAGUGUGACAAUCAGCAAAAGUUUAUCAGAGUGCAGAUUCGUCAAGACCUGGCUAUGGACAUUUCUGCUGCUGGCUCAUCCUCGGACCACUCCCUGUGCCCCCUGCCACCCCAGGCAGAGACCCCUGUAGGCUCUGGUCUCAAAGCCCAGUGUGGCAGCCCUCAUACUAGUGUGGAAAUUAAGAAUCGCACAGUGGUUUUUCCCUCCACCUGUUCUGCAGAGUCUUCAGAAUGUUCUGUAGAGGUGGAGAACCAUGGGGAAGAUGUUAGGUGGUACCUUUCAUCUUUUGCACCUCCGUAUGUCAAGGGUGUAGAAGGAAGUGGAGAUGUUUAUCGGGCCACAUAUACAGCAUUCAGAUGUGAGAGAAUGUCUGGGAUGCUCGGAUUCAAAGAAAAGAUGGAGGUGCCAUUUACGUUCCUCCCGCGAGAUGGGGGAGACUAUGCACAGUUUUGGGACCUUGAGUGUCACCCAGUAACCAAACCACAGCAAAAGAGCCGUAUCCGGUUUCAGCUCUGUGGAACGGGCAUAAGAGCAGGUGCAGAGAUGAGCCAUAAAGAAGACUGCGCUCUAGUGCGGACAGACGUGAAUGUUAAGGGUAAAAAGAGAAUGGAAACUGCAGGCUCAAAGACAGGUAUGGAAACCUCCAGGAAAGGAGUGUACGCCCCUCAGAGUCUCUACACAUUCCCUGCCACAUGUGUGGGUGAGGUCAGCACGCUGAAGGUCAACUUCCGAAACAACUCUUGUAAUACACAUGAGCUAAGAUUUUUAAGUCCUUCAGAGCCUUUCUACAUCAAGCAUUCCAAAUAUUCUCUGAGGACACAGCAUUAUAUCAACCUCCCUGUGCAGUUCAAGCCGACAACUGUAGGCCAGUUCUCCGGCUUGCUGCUUGUUCAGACAGAUACAGACGUUAAACUCACCAUAGAGCUCUCCGGUGAAGCUUUAGCAUAACAACCACACUCAUUGAUUAAAUGACUUGAUUUAUUUAAGUAUUCCACUAAUUUUCCCUCCGCUUGAGGCAUACAAUGGGAUGAGGACUUUAUAAUAAAAGUAGUAUAAAAAUGUAAUUUAUUACUUUUUUUUCUUCUUCUUCCACAUAAAACAUAGCUCAAGCUUUGAUUUUGCACUAACCCAAUAUGCCAGUAAAGGGUACACUAUUAGCAUUAAUUAGGCUCUGGUUUCAGCUAUGCUGUUUGAUACAGUACCGUAUGUUGCCUUGAUGAGGAACCUGGAAAAGUACAUUUGUUUUAACUCAAAACUUAAAUCUUUGUACACUCUUUCUCUCUUUGUACAUCUCUUUCUCUCUUUGUACAACACCCUGUAAAUGUAUUAUUCUGUUAUUUAUUUUAAAUAAAUAAAGAUUGAUUCA